GGAUCGAUCUUAAGUCGAUUAAGAGUGAACUGAGGUGUGGUGUACUGUCUUCAGCUGGUAUUGUGAUCUUUGAAUCGUAAACAAAAUUGUGGCACUGUGUACAGCACAUGUUUGUGUUUGAGUGUGUAGAUUAUUAAAACCUGACAAGAUGGUGAGAAAGAAAAUAGACAACAGAAUAAGAGUUCUAAUUGAAAAUGGAGUGACCCUAGGACACAGAACAAUGUUUGUUGUAGUUGGCGAUAAGGGUCGUGAUCAGGUUGUUAUAUUACAUCAUAUGCUCUCGAAAGCGACUGUCAAGGCAAGACCAAACGUAUUAUGGUGCUACAAAAAGGAACUCGGAUUCAGUAGCCAUCGCAAGAAGAGAAUGAAGAACCUUCAACGUAAAAUCAAAUCUGGAAAGCUAAAUGUUAAUGAAGAUGAUCCCUUUGAGUUGUUUGUAGCCUCAACAAAUAUACGGUAUUGUUACUAUGCUGAGACACACAAAAUAUUGGGAAACACAUAUGGCAUGUGUGUUCUCCAGGAUUUUGAAGCACUUACACCCAAUCUCUUAGCUCGAACUAUAGAGACAGUUGAAGGUGGUGGAAUCAUUGUUUUACUACUGCGAACUGUCAAAUCACUGCGCCAGCUGUACACAAUGAGUAUGGAUGUUCAUGAACGUUAUCGCACAGAGGCCCAUCAGGAUGUUGUUGGGCGCUUCAAUGAGAGGUUUCUGCUGUCGCUGUCAUCGUGCUCACGUUGUUUGGUGGUGGAUGACCAGUUAACUGUGUUGCCUGUUUCGUCACACAACCUUCAGGUUGAGCCUGUUGGUAGGCCUGAGGCAGCUGCAACUGAGCAAGAACUAUCAGAAUUGAAAGAGAGUUUACGGGAUACACAACCAGUGGGUGUUUUGGUCAACUGUUGCAAGACUGUAGAUCAGGCAAAGGCUCUUUUGAAAUUCAUUGAAGCUAUUUCAGAGAAAUCAUUACGUUCAACUGUAUCUCUGACAGCUGCAAGAGGCAGAGGCAAAUCUGCAGCUCUUGGACUUGCAAUUGCAGCAGCUAUUGCAUUUGGUUACUCUAAUAUAUUUGUCACAAGUCCCAGUCCUGAAAACUUAAAGACACUUUUUGAGUUUGUCUUCAAAGGCCUUGAUGUACUCGAGUACCAAGAACAUUUGGACUAUGAUGUUAUACAGUCUACAAACCCAGAAUUCAACAAAGCAGUUGUACGUCUUAACGUAUACAGAGACCAUAGACAGACUGUUCAGUACAUCCAUCCUACAGAUUCGCAUCGCCUUGGCCAAGCAGAGUUGGUGGUGAUUGACGAAGCUGCAGCUAUUCCCUUACCUUUUGUGAGAAAUAUGCUGGGACCAUACCUUGUGUUUCUGGCUUCAACAAUUAAUGGGUAUGAAGGAACAGGCCGCUCACUCUCCUUGAAGCUCCUGCAGCAACUAAGGAACCAAACUGCUCCUGUAGGUGCAACCGCUGAUCAAGCAAAAACAAAAACCCCAGCAGCAGCUACUGGGAGGGCCCUCCAUGAGGUGGCUUUGGAAGAAUCCAUUCGCUAUAAACCUGAUGAUGAUGUUGAGAAAUGGUUGACAGAUCUACUGUGUUUGGAUGCCACGUCUGUACAGCCAUUACUGUCUGGGUGCCCUCCUCCUGACAGCUGUGAUCUCUACUACAUAAACAGGGAUACUCUCUUCUGUUACCAUAAAGCCUCGGAAGCAUUUUUGCACCGAUUAGUUGCACUCUAUGUAGCCUCACAUUAUAAGAAUAGCCCAAAUGACUUGCAAAUGAUGUCAGAUGCUCCAGCACAUCAUCUCUUCUGUUUGCUUGGCCCUGUGGAUCCCAACAAAAAGUCAUUGCCUGAAAUCCUAGUUGUAAUUCAGGUUUGUUUGGAAGGCCAGGUAUCCAGAGGGUCUGUUGUCGAUGGGCUGUCUCGUGGUAAACGUGCAUCUGGAGAUCUUAUCCCAUGGACAAUAGCCCAGCAGUAUCAAGAUGAAGACUUCCCAUCCCUGGCAGGUGCUCGUAUUGUCAGGAUAGCAACACAUCCUGACUAUCAGGGGAUGGGGUAUGGCAGCAGAGCUUUGAAUCUUUUGAAAGAGUACUAUGAAUUCAAAGUGCCCAGCAUAGAUGAAGACCAGUUGCCAUCUGAAGUCAUAGAACCAGUGGAAGAUGAUGAGGUUGGCUUACUAGAGGAACACAUAGAACCUCGUAAAGCACUUCCGCCUUUGUUGCUGAAACUAAGUGAACGACCACCAGAGAGGUUGGACUAUUUGGGUGUAUCAUUUGGACUAACAGCAGAACUUCUAAAAUUUUGGAAAAGAGCUAAGUUUGUCCCAGUGUAUCUAAGGCAGACGACAAAUGAAUUGACAGGAGAGCAUUCAUGCAUUAUGCUGCGGACCAUCAACUCAUCAGGUGAAGACAGUGUGGAAAGACAAGAUGGAUGGCUGUGCGCAUUUGGAUCUGACUUUUGCAGGCGUUUCUCUUCACUGCUUGGCUUCCAGUUUCGCUCAUUUUCACCCGCCCUAGCACUUAGUGUGCUGCACAAUAAGGCCUUGAACCUUCCAUCUAAAGAUCUUACACAGCAAGAGCUGGACUGCUAUGUCACCAAGUAUGACAUCAAACGUCUGGAAAUGUACUCCAACAAUCUGGUGGACUACCAUUUGAUCAUGGAUCUCUUGCCUAUGUUAGCACGCCUUUAUUUCUUGCGGCAAAUGGGAGAUACUCACUUAUCAGCAGUACAAUCAGCAAUAUUACUUGGACUGGGACUGCAACACAAAACAGCUGAUGACUUGGCCACUGAGCUUGAGUUGCCAGUGUCACAGCUGCUGGGUCUUUUUAAUCGUACAAUUCGUCGAUUAGUUCAGUACCUGACAGGUGUUCUUGAGCGAGCAAUAGAAAAGGAUUUUGUGCAGCCAAAGCAAGCCUUAAAACUAAAUCCUUUAGUGAAGACGAUGCAGCAAGAAUUGAAUGAAGCAGCGAAGGACCUUAAACUAAAACAGCAGGAAGAAUUAAAGAGGCUGAAAAAUGAAAAUUUGAGUCAGUAUGUUAUAAAAGGCUCAGAACAAGAAUGGGACAGAGCUUUGUCGAAAGGAGCAAAGGGCAUAAUUUCUGUGAAGAGUGGUGAGAAAAGAAUAAAUGAAGAGCCGUCAAUCCCAGAAAAUUCUGGCAAAAAGAAGAAGAAAAAAGAGAAAAAGUCCUUCAGUUGAAUUGCUGUUAAUUAUAAUUAACAGUGUUAGCUUAAUAUAAUGUAUGACAAGGAGGACUGAAACUAAUCUUGACCUGUGCCCCCAAGUCAUAAACUUUGUAAAAAGUGUUGUUUGUAAUAUUUGUUGUCAACUGUAAAAGUUUGCUAUUUUAGUAGUGACUAUGUACAUAUUCAAAAUAAUAUAUCUGUUAAUUUU